AUGACCAAGCCUCUGAAGACGCGGAUCCGGCUCGAUGGGUUCUGGCAACAAGUUGUCUACGAGAACUUGCCGGACAUCUGCUUUGAAUGUGGCCGGAUUGGGCACUCUGAAGCCGACUGCCCCACCCGUUGUAAUCCCCCGGCGAGUCUGUCUCAGGUGAACGAGUCGGUGCUGCCACAGUUAUCGGAGGAUAGACCGCCGGAGCCACCGGCCGGUUACGGUCCAUGGAUGCAAGUAAGCCGGAAAUCACGGAACCAGAAUAGGAAAGGGCCGCCCAACCAUGGAUCCGCCCAAGGCAAUCAAACGGGCAGAAGCGUUGAAGCCGGGAAAGCGCCGCUCAGAAUGGGAAAGAAAUCGAAAGAUGAACAAGGUAAUUCUGGUUUAUUGAAAGACAAAAAGGGGAAGGAUGAGCUGAAAGGGGAUCCGAAAAAGGGUAAGGCUAAUGUCUCUGAUGCUAUCCUAACAAAGGAAAGCACUGGCCCAGGCCCAUCUCAGGUCUGGCGAAUGGUGGGCCUUAAGCCCAAGGUGACCCCUAAUGUUGCUAACUCACAGCCCAUAGGUGAAUCUACUAAUGAAGCAGACUCAAACAUGAUGGACCAAACUGAAAUUGAUCCUGCUAGUUUGAGGCCGACCCACAACCCCUUUGUAGCCCAACCUGACCCUCCGACCGGAAAUCCUUCUUCGGCGCCAGGGGAAAAUGAAACUCCCCAAAAUAUCAAUUCAAUUCGAGAACACCGCAGGGGGAAAGCAAGUAAGCCGCGCGACUCUCCAAAGAAGAAGAAGGACUCCAUCCUUCGAGUAGCGAAAAAGAACCAUGAAUCACGUUCAGGAACGGGGAACAACAAGCGACCAGCUAAGAAGCAGAGCAAUCCGAUCCACCGCCAAGCUGUCGAGGAGCUCCUUGCCCAACUCCAGUCCAUGCCGACUGUUGGAACGUCGAGUUCGGGAUCCAAAGAAAGCAAGGAAUCCAUGGAUGUCAUCGCCGAGCCUCUGUCCACUGGUAUGGGAGGGAAUCUGGAGCCGGAAGCUACCGCCCUGGUGGGUAGUGAACCCCCGCUGGCGAAGCCGGCGAAUUAA